GAGUCAAACUUCUCUGAGUGACUGAUCCCAACCAGACACACCAACAGGUGGAUAUGGAGAGUGGAGCUCUGGGAAUUGACACCAGCGCUGCUCCAGAUCCCGGAGCGCACUCAGACUGCGGCAAAGCCUUUCUGCGGCGUCAAGCCUGGGCCCAUAGCAAAGACUCCCUGUGGCAAGAAUCAGAACAAGAACAAAAUGGCCCCCAGGAGCCCGAUCAGGGCCAGAGAGACGAGGAUGCACAGAGAACCUCAGAAGAACCAGGGCAAGUUCCAAACAAGAUCACCAGCUGGCUCAUUGAAUGCAGGACUCCUCUUGUAGCAUCUCUAGAUGAUCAGAGUGCUCCUCCCAGCAAGGGAGCACUCAAGAACGGCUGCAGCUUUGAAGAUGACCUUUCACUGGGAGCUGAAGCCAACCAUCUUCAGUCCACUAACAAUAAAACUCAACCCUGUCUCACUCUUGCUGCACAAGCGAAGAGGAGUCACUUUAAAGAGAACGGCAGAAGUAUGAACUCGACAGGGUCUGGGAAGAGCAGCACUGUGUCCAGUGUGUCAGAGCUGCUGGAUCUGUAUGAGGAGGACCCAGAGGAAAUCCUCCUAAAUCUUGGUUUUGGUCAAGAAGAACCUGACUUGACAUCGCGGGUUCCCUCCAGGUUCUUAAACAGUUCCUCAUCAGCACAAGGCAUCGACAUCAAGGUCUACCUGGGAGCUCAGAUGCAACGCAUGGAAGUGGAGAACCCCAGCUAUGCUCUGACUAGUCGUUUCCGUCAGAUCGAGGUCUUGACCACAGUAGCUAAUGAGUUCUUCCAGCUCUACAGUCAGGUCUCUGGUCAGCCCGUCAAGUGCAUCAACUCCAAGGAUCAACAAGGAGGAGGAGGAGGAGGAGGAGAAGGAGGAGAUGACUUCGCACCUCCACCUCUGAAGAGGAGCAGCUCGGCUCUGAACGCGGCGAAACUCUUCAAGAGAACCAUCACCAGACAUAACCUGCUUGCAGCACCGGCCGCCACUCAGUCAGCUGAAGCCCACACACCUAACCAACACAAACAGCUGAACGGACACACCCCCUCUGAUCACGCACACACCAACGGUCAUGCACACACUGGUCCAGAACAGGAUGGCUCCAGUACCGACCCCGAGCACCAGGGAGAGACGGUCGGUCAGAAACACGUCCGUAGGAGAGACAGCCCCUUGGCAACUGUUACAGAGGAAACCAAUGGGGAUGGAGAGAUGCAUCGACUGACAGAUAACAGUCCUGAACAGACUAGCACUGGACCGACAACCAAUGGAGAGCCAGAGUCAGCUGAACUUCAGUCAACCAAUCAAAAAACAGAGGAGAGAACCCACAUGGUUAGAAAAGAAGAGGAGAAGGAGAAGAACCUUACCUCAGUGGCAGAGAAAGCUCCUCUCCCCCUAGCCCCACCUCAGCUGGCCCAGCUUCGUAGUGAAAACGCAGACUCUUUUGACAUGGAGGAGAUUCAGAGUAACGAAGAUGAGGCGCUGCCAUCUGGGAACAGAGCCAAUGACCUGUUGCGGAGUGUCAGUCAGCAGUCAGACAGCAGCGGUUUUGCUGAAGAGCCCUCUGCUGACACCAGCAGCUGUCUCAAGGUGCAGGAGAGUAGUGACAGCUGUGACAGUGAGACCACUGUCACAUCACACCCAUCACAAGAUGCGACCACGCCCCUCGCAAUGGACCAACCAGCAUUUGAUUUGCCAGAUGGCAGAGAGGAGGAGACGAGGCCUGAGGAUGCUGUUGAGGCUGAUGGGAAGAGUAGUUCCAGGGAAGAAGACAAGUAUGAUGGGAGUUUAGAACAGGUUCCACACUACAUGCCUCACCACCUUCCCAUUAACAGACCAACAGAAGCACAGCAGGACGAGUCUCAGGGUGAGGAGCAAGUUGAACCUGAACCAGAACCAGAACAGGAGAUUACUCAUAGUAUGUCUGCUUCAGAACAAGAACCACAACAGAACCAGGCCGACAUCGCCCCACACACAGAACCACCUACAAAGGGAGUGGUUCCUGAGGAUCAGGCCCAAGAAAAUAAUGCAUCCAUGGAUGAUUCUAGUUCACUUUGUUCUUCUCCAUCCUCUGUGGUCCUUAGUGCUCUGAAUCGAGCCAAACAGAACCACCUGAGCUUGGUAGGGCAGCAGUUCGACCCACAGCCCAAUGACGCGCCCCAAACCCCAGAAAGAGAACGAGGCAGAUGUGGCAUCCGCAUGCAGAGGUCCUCCUCCCUGCCUUCCACUCUCCUUUCGCCCAGCAGGGUUGUGUCUUCUGUCAAGAUCCAGUUUGGGCGAGGCCAGGCGUCCUGCACCCAGCCCAGGUACUCCUUUAAAUACACCCAGGAAGCUGGAAAGGACAAUGAAGAGCAAGAGCAAGAGAAGAAAGAAGGACCAACCAACUGUCUGUCUACUCUGUAUAUAGGCCCUGCCCCUACAUCUGGUUCUACCCACCAGGCAAAUAGACUUCCCUCAGAAGCUCCCAUCCCACACUACCUGAUGCGGUCAACCCGUUCCCUGCAUAGCUCCAGUCCUCCUCCUGAUUGGCCACCGCGUGGCUCUGACCGUUCAUGGAGCAUCCAGAGCGUUCCUGAUCUCUCCUCCAGUCACAAGCAGACAAGCCACUUCCAACAAAACAUAGCCAUCAACCAAAACAAGCAAAACUGGGGUUCAGGGCAAAUGGUGUUCCCUCACCCUCACCCUCACCCUAACCCUAAUUCAAAUCCUGCAGCUCAGUACCCUAGCCCCAAUCCCAGUCCCAGCAUUAACCUCAACCCAUACCCUUUCUCUUUGAACCCUCCUCCACAGUACCCCUCUGCUGUCCACCCAUACACUAGUCUUCCUAACCUCCAUCACCCCCAGAGCCCCUUCUUGAACAACCAUUCCAGUCUGACCAGUCUUCACCAACCCACAGCUCCCACAGUCCCUCAGCAUGGCAGCCUCUCGGAUUUGCAUCAGCCCUCAAAUUCCUCAGCUCCUCACCACAUCAGUCCUGGAAACCUGCAUUCCGAGUCUCAUAUGAUGCACUACCAGGGCUACAAUCAUCUAUACAGUCAGUACUCCCCUUACUAUGCCUCUCCUUACGGCUCACACUGUGCCUCACCCUACCCUGUUUACCAUGGGUACAACAUGAGCCAGCCGCUGGCGUUCCCCCACCCCAUCACAGAGUAUCCGCUGUUGGCCCCAGAACACAGCCUUCACCCGGGUCUUGCUGCUCCAGGCUUCCUCCCAGGCCUGGCCUCAGCCUUCAACCCAAGUCACAGCCUGCACCAAGGGCUCAUUCCUCCUGCGUCUGCACUACCAGGUCCCACCCAGAGCCCAUCCAGCACUGAGAUGCAGCUGAGGAGAGUUUUGCAUGAUAUCAGAGGAACGGUUCGGAGUCUGAACCAGAACCGAGCUGACACUCCUGACAGGUUCACUGAGCACAGAGGAGCUCUGCCCAGUCACCAGUCUCUGACAGAGUUUCAGCAGAAGAGGCGCAGUUUAAACUUAUUCCGCAGCCAGAUGAUGGACUUGGAGAUGUCAAUCAUCCGACAGCAGGCUCUGGCCUACAAGCACCUGAGCCCUGCUGACAGGUCGGAGUUGGAGCACCUUCAGUCUCUGAGGUCAGCAGUCAGAGAGGAACUACAAGAGCUGGAACAACAGUUGGAAGACAGACUGUUGGAGCUGACACAUCAAAUGGGUCUCCAUAGAGACAGUAGUGUUGACAGUCUGUGCACAGCCUCUGCACUGAGGGCCAUGGAGCCGAUGUCGGAACUCCUCAGAGAGCAGCUCUUCCUCCGAUCAGAGCUCAGCUGUGACCAUCACGAGCCCUUAACGGAGCCCUCCUCCCGAUCGUCCAGUCCGGUCAGAGGAGGAGAAGAAGAAGAUGAGGAGCAGAGACAAGGCACGUACCGAGCAUCAAUCAACAUAAUCCCCACCCUCCCUCCUCGACCCAGCGCACACACCGAGGAAGAUGAGGAGCAAGACGAAGAGAAGGAUGGAAGUGAAAUAGGUGGAGGAGGUGCUGGAGAAGAACAAGAGGGGGAGGGAGCAGCAGGAGAAAUCAGAGUGGAGAACCUGCAGUUGCUCAUCAGAGAGAUUCGAGAGAGUGUUGCGCAGGAGGUCCGAAGGGAGAUCUACAAUGAGCUGCUGGCUGCUGCGUCCCCACAGUGCUCACCCCUGCCCACCAGGAGACAUCCCCUGUAGUGAUGACACCAGCAGAGCACCGCCCCUUUCACCCUCAGCCUUGCAACAGCCUGAACAGCACUACUGUCUGUAAUACUGUAUGGCUGAGUAACACUGUCUGUGUCGAACACUAUGUGUCUAUAACACUGUAUGUCUGUAACACUGGUAAAAAAUGAACAGCUACAGUACAUGUGAUCAACCCCACGCACCCCACUUGUAGCUGCCCUGCUGUUAAUGAGCAUGCUUGUUAGUGAGAGGUGGAGGGCAGAGCCUCAGCCAGGACACAGAGAGCACAUUUCUGGUAUGUGCUCAGUUGCAGUGUGCUGGUGUGAUGCAUGCUGGGAGCACCAGUCUUUAAAAGCCUGUCCCCACCUUCUCCGGUAUUCAUUUCCCUUUAAGCUGUUGGAAAUGCUUUUUCCCUCACAUCCUCUACUUUUUUAAACAGCUGUGAUCAAAAGCCAGAACUUAAGACUACCACCAUUGCCCCACUGUUACUAGUAAGUACUACACAUGGUGCAACUAACAGUAGUGCUGCUAAUUCCACCACUACUAAUCCCAGUUUUGUGGGUGUCUUGAAGUUCUUUAACCCGUGGUCCUGGACAUUAAUAGACGUCAUGUCUGUUUUCACAUAAUAAAGCUACACUGCAAGUCCAUGUAACAAUAAUAAUCAGCAACUUGUAGCCUAACCUGUGGCUAAAAUGGUUUUGAAUUAUUUGCAGACUGAUCAGGGUUAAAUAUACAUGUAAACUACAGCACCGGAUUCACCCAAAUUACAAAGCAAACUUUAUUUCCUCUCAUCAGGCUGUAUUUUUAGUUUUUUAAUUCAGGGAUUUCUGCCUACAUGCCAAUACAAUAAAGGUGAAUUAAAUGUAAAUACCUUGAAUGGCCAUUGCUGUAAAGUGCUGAUCAAAACUAAUAUUAAAAACAGGGUUUGAUUUUAUGAAAUUCUAGCAGAUUAUGAUAUUAAAUUUAAAACCAAAAUGAUCUGCCUGUAAGGAUACUACAUGAGGCAGGAGAGAAAUUAUGUUCGGGUUUUCUAUAAUUUCAUUGAACUGAGCCAAAACACACAACACCACACAGUGGACCAGCUUCUUUAUAAAAACGCUAGAAAUGCUUUAAUUAUCAUUUAAUCUAUACACAAGGUUUACAUUGCUUAAUCUUUUAAAAAAGGGUCUGAGCUCUUUUGCACUUUAACAUUACUCAUUCCAUUCACAUUUCAGCUUAACAUAAAAGGUAUAAAGAGGGUUUUAAGGUAUACUGUUAAAGGAUCAUGAUGCUGUAGCUGUCAUCAUUCCUUCUUCAUUAUCAUCAUCAUCAUCAUGCUUCUGUUCCUUUCGCCUCUGAAAGUUGAAUCAAUUAAUUGUUCAUUUCUGACAUUGCAGUCUCAUGUCAGUCAGUUCAUAAAACAUCAUUUCACAAUACAUUUUCAAUAUUUGAAGGUAUAUUUUAAAGCCAUCAGUCCCAGCACACCUGAGGUUCACUCGCACAGAUGUUAUCAGUAGUUUUAGCUGAUGAACAGAUGUCACCAGCGAUCAGUUGGUUACUCAGAGAAUCGGAACAGUAACAGCUUCAGACACCAGGACUUGUGCUGCAGUAGUUAAUGCGGCCUUUUCUUUGUGUGCGUUGUCACUGAGCAAGUGAGGAGUUUGGUGUGUGAUGUCAGGAUGAGAGAUCAAAGUUUAGUCUACAACAACAGCAGGUUUCAGUAAGUUGUCGUGGUGAUGUUAAUGAUGAUGUAUUGGUCAUUGAUUGAUUGUGACUGGUCCGUGUAGCCCAAACCUGAGCUGCGUUAGCAUGUUAGCUUCUCACUGUCCAAUGAUGAAAUCUGUGUGCAAUAACAAGAACAAAUAUUGUGAUUACAAGUUAUCAGUAAAUCACUGUUAAUAUUUCAGAUGUGAUCAGGCCUCCCACACCACUUCAGCACAAACUCUACCUGCAUGUCCUAAACAAAUUAAUUUCAUGUGUGCUGUUUUUGUUGAAACAGAUUUUCUUCCUCUUCACUUAGAAUCCACAGGACUCAUUGAUCAUUGAACUACUAAUUACUAUUCACUAAAAUUAUCUGUUUUCUUCACCAUUGAAGCCUGUGUGUAGUGUCUGUGUGGUUACUCACAGAUUUCUGGGUAAAAAGGAACUCCCCAUCAUCAUAGCUAAGUGUGAUUGGUUAAUGGACCAGUCAAUUAAGUCAAACAGGCCCCUAAAUACCUCUUUUUGUAUCUUUGUAAUGGAACAAUAAUCCUGAAAAUUUCCACAGACUCGUAUCAGAAUGGAAAUUAUCUACUGAAUGCCAACCUUUGUGUAUGUGCAUGUUCAUUUGAGAGCAAUGUAAAGAGAAUCAAAGCUCAAAAGUUCACUUAUUAAUAAUUUGGAGCUUUCUGACACAUCUGAUUUGGGUGUUUUUUUGCUCCAAAUCAUUAUUAACUGGACAUUUCAUCUGUGGAUAAACUUUGUUUAUCAUGUUUUACUGAUCACAAACUCCGCUCUGCUGGACCAACACUCACUGUGAUCUCUAAGGCUCUUCUUGUUUUAUUUUUUUCUGGAGGAUCCUUCACAUGCUUCUAAUUACACUUUACUGUCUGACUGUUGGUGUCCAUUAAUGUUUGUAGAUGUCGAUUAAUGAUGAUAUGUAUUUUGUACUGAUAUCAGUGGGAUGCAGGGGAGGGAUGACUCUGUAGAGAUGAGAAUAAUA